GGGUGGAGAUCCUCAGCACCGCCCGCUCCGCUUCCUGCUCCUCCUCAGCAGCCUGGAUCAUCACCGGACCUUCGACGUCCCUCUAACCCGGGAGGAGGAAGCGGCUCUGCGGCUGACGGCAGGCUGGUGCCCAGACAGAGGCUCUCUCCACCGGACAGCAGCAGCUCAGCAGACCGCUCUCCCUACACGCCGGUUCACAAAGCUGAAAGGACAAAAUCCCUGCAGGCGCGGAGCUCGGGGGCCAUUUGGCGGACUUCCUCUCUGUGCACUAUUACUGGGCCCUACCUUACUGGGCAGUGGCCUCGUGACCCCUACGUGCACUACCCGUCUUGUAUAAAAGAUAAAUCCACACAGACUCCUUGAUGUUGGAGUGAGGAAACGAGAGAGAAGAGGAGCACCCACCAGCGCUCUGCGUCCUGGGCCAUCGCCGACCAGCUCAAAGAGCAGAUAGCGAAGCUCCGGUAGCAGCUCCAGCGCAGUAAACAAGGAGGACGCCUCAGUAAAGACAAGGACCGCCUGCAGAGCGACAACAUCACCUACACCGCCCUCACCAGCACCAACCACACCUCCACAGCCAGACACAUUCAGCAGUUUUCCAUGUCGAAGUCGGCCCAGAUGCCGCUGUCCAACAUCACAGUGCCAAAGCCGUCCAUCUCCAGGGUGCCCAGCAGCAUGGAGGGCAUCAACCAUGAACUGGAGAAGGUCUUCAUCAAAGAUAAUGGAGAGAAGGAGGAGCUCAAGUCCCUGGAGGUUCCUGAUGGCCGGCGGGCACCUUUCCCCCCCCAGCAGCGCAGCAGCAGCACCCGCAGCAUGGACACCCAGACUCCCUCCGCCCCUGGCCGGUCCAGCAGCUGCUCCAGCCUGUCGCCCUGCCCCUCGCCUGCCUGCCCACCGGGAUCACACGAUGGCAGUCCUUACUCCACAGAGGAUCUACUGUACGACCGGGAUAAAGACAGCGGGAGCAGCUCACCACUGCCCAAGUUUGCCUCCUCACCCAAACCCAACAACAGCUACAUGUUCAAGCGAGAGCCACCAGAGGGCUGCGAGAAGAUUAAAGCUUUUGAGGAGAUGAGCUCCAGGCAGUCCGCAUCGGCAUCGGUCCCCCUCUUCUCCUGCCCCGACAAAAACAAGGUCAACUUCAUCUCGACGGGCUCGGCGUUCUGCCCCGUCAAACUCCCCGGCUUCCUGCACCUCGCCUCGGCCUCGGAGCCCGAGGACGACGCGGACGCGGCCUCCGGCUCGGAGCCCCAGGGGGCCGCGUCGCUCUACGGAGCCCCCACUCAGGUCUCCGCGAGCACCAGCACAGACGACCCCCCGGAGGAGCCCGGUUCGCCCUCAGAGACUGCAGACCCCCAGACAGACAGCCUGGCCAUCAGCUAGACCCGAGCAGAGCUGGCCUCUGACUCCGGGAUCCACACUAGUGACCACCGACCAUCCCCAAUGACUGUCCCGCCCACCAACACCUCCUUCUGCUCUGCCAGGGGAGCCUCCGUCUCUCUGUGCUGACUCCCCUCCACCCUCCCUUCUAUCUCUGCAUGACGUAGCAACAAUGUCCCGAAUAACCACCACCGCCACCGCCAAGACUCGCCACCUUAAUGUUCUGUCCUGCAAAAUGUCUGAGCUGUUGUUGGCAGGGAAGGACCAGAUGGUUUAAAGGUGAUCUCAUGUGCAGGCAUCAGAGGGAAGAAUAGAUGGGGGGGGGGCAUGCAUUUUAAACUGGUAGUAUAUUUCUGAUUAAAUUAUGUGUUGUGUUCUGUUUCAACAUUCACAGUAUGAAUAAGCUCUCUAAACAUUUACUAUAUACACAUACAUAUAUCUCUAUGAAAAGAAAGAAAAAUGCUUGUUUAAAAAAAAAAAAAAAAAAAUCCCAAACUGUGUAUUGCUGUGUUAUGUACCUAACAGCUGUACUAUUCAGGAUUAUGUUUACACUAACCAGGUCACAUUGUUAAACCCUGUCUAAAAAUGCAAUGAGAAAAUAAUUCGGGCAAAGAGAGAA